AUGACAGGCACCCUAAUUUUGGUCCGCCAUGGACAAUCGCUCUGGAACAAGGACAACUUGUUCUGUGGAUGGGUGGACAUCAAGCUGAGCGAGACCGGGCGUGAGCAGGCGCGGCACUCGUCGCGGCUGAUUUCUGAGUCCGGAUACGUGCAACCCGACGUCUGUUUCACGUCGAGACUGUCGCGGGCCAUCGAGACGGCCAACAUCAUCUUGGAGGAGAUGGAUGUUCAAUAUGUGGACGUUUUCAAGACCUGGCGGCUCAACGAGAGACAUUACGGUAAGCUUCAGGGAGAAUCCAAGGGCCAUAUAUUAGAGACUUACGGGGAGGAAAAGUACCAGUUUUGGCGGCGUGCGUACGACGGGUGUCCUCCGUUAUCUGAGAAGGGCGAUAAAUACUACUCGAUCGACGACAGAAGGUAUUUGGACACUCCAGAGUCCGAGCUACCACGCGGAGAGUCUUUACGCAUGACACUUCAGAGAUUGCUCCCAUUCUACACCAGCGAGGUUGACCCACGUUUGAAGAAGGACCAAACCGUUCUCAUUGUCACGCACGGCUCGAUUGUUCGUGCGUUGGUGAAAUAUUUAUACGAGAUCAGUGACGAAGCUAUCAGCAAGGUGAACAUCCCGAACGGGAUCCCGAUCGCCAUCAAGCUCGACGCCGAUCUGAAACCCCUAACAAGCGAGUUUGAGUACUUGGACCCGGAAAGAGCCAAAAUCGAGGCCGCCAAGGUCGCUCGCCAAGGAUAUGAAACAAACUCAAACACUAAAUAA